AUGAGCGAAGAACAACCUUCCGACCAAGUUAAUAGUCUUCGUGACUCAUUGAAUCGAUGGAAUCAAACAAGACAGCAGAAUUCGCAAGGUUUUAACGAAUCGGCUAAGACGCUGUUUUCGAGUUGGGCGGAUUCUCUCAAUACUAGGGCCCAGGAUAUAUAUCAGACGUUGCCUGUAUCUAGGCAGGACUUGGUGCAAGACCAGGAGCCGUCCUGGUUUCAAUUGUCAAGAACGGAACGAAUGAUACUCUUUGUCUGCUUCUUACUAGGUGCAACGGCAUCUUUCACCCUUUGUAUCUUCCUUUUCCCCGUUUUAGCUACCAAACCAAGAAAGUUUGGUUUAUUGUGGACGAUGGGAUCCCUACUAUUUGUAUUUGCGUUUGGUGUGCUUAUGGGGCCAGUAGCGUAUCUAAAGCAUUUAACUGCAAGGGAAAGGCUGCCCUUCUCAAUGUUCUUUUUCGCCACUUGCUUCAUGACAAUUUAUUUUGCAGCCUUUUCCAAAAAUACCGUGCUGACUAUAACUUGUGCCCUUUUGGAGUUAGUUGCUGUCAUUUAUUAUGCUAUUUCAUAUUUCCCAUUUGGUGCAACAGGUUUGAGGAUGCUAAGUUCUGCUGGUGUCAAUUCGGCAAGAGGUGUUUUACGCAUCUGA